CUCUCUCUCUGUCUCCAUCGACAAAUCUUCAUCUUUAUCAUUUUAUACUGGUUAUUCGUAAAAGCACUGUAAUUAUUUCCCAUGGCGGGUUCUUCUCUGUUACUCUCACCUCUCUCGUCUGGGACUUUUGAAAAUCGUGAAACGAAUAGCAAUAUUUUUUCUUCAUUUCUUCACAGUUCGAAGCUCAUAUUCCCUGCUAAGCCUGGAAAAAGCUCAUUUCGGAGAUUUGGGUUUAAGUCCCCAGUAUCUCAGAAAUCACUUGACCACAUCCCCAAACAGUUCCGAGAAGAGAAUAUUAAAGAUGGACUGAUGAACAACUACAAAAAUGCACCUCAGUAUCUUUAUGGUCUUACUCCUUCGCAGAUGGAUAUGUUCAUGACAGAAGAUAAUCCUGUCAGCCGACAGGCAGAAAAAGUCACUGAGGAAAGCAUCUCAUCAUCCUGUAAUUAUUUAAAUAACGGUGGAAUGUGGAGCCUAUCUGGCAUGAAUGAAAGAGGCCCCUCAAAGUAUAGCAUGAGCGUCAGCAUGUACCGUGGAGGAGCUAGAGGUUAUGGAAGACCCAGAACUGCUCCUCCUGAUUUGCCAUCCUUGCUUCUAGAUGCUCGAAUUGUCUAUCUUGGGAUGCCGAUUGUACCAGCUGUAACUGAGCUUCUUGUUGCUCAGUUUAUGUGGUUGGAUUAUGACAACCAGUCAAAGCCCAUAUAUCUAUACAUAAACUCAUCUGGCACGCAGAAUGAGAAGAUGGAGACCGUUGGAUCUGAGACAGAGGCCUAUGCGAUUGCUGACACCAUGGCUUACUGCAAAUCAGAUGUCUAUACGGUAAAUUGUGGCAUGGCAUAUGGUCAAGCAGCAAUGCUUCUAUCACUUGGAGCUAAAGGUUAUCGUGCGUUACAGCCAAAUUCAUCUACGAAAUUAUAUCUGCCAAAAGUGAACAGAUCAAGCGGAGCUGUCAUAGAUAUGUGGAUUAAGGCCAAAGAACUGGAUGCCAACACAGAGUAUUACCUCGAGCUGUUAGCCAAGGGAAUUGGGAAACCAAAGGAAGAAAUUGAGAAAGACGUUCAACGUCCAAAAUAUUUCCAGGCGAUGGAGGCAAUCGAAUAUGGCAUUGCUGACAAGAUCAUUGAUUCGAGAGAUAAUGCAUUUGAAAAACGGAAUUAUGAUGAGAUGCUUGCACAGUCAAAAGCGAUGAGGAGAGCAGCGGGAGUAGGUCCCCAAGCAGCCCCCUCCGGGUUUAAGUAAACCGGUACUCUCGAAUAUAUAUAGACACGAUCAACUCUUGCCUUGUAAUACUCCACGAGUCGUGGAAUGUGUUUGCUGCAGUUUUCUAUAUUGUUUGCAAUUACAGUUAUAAUGCAAACCAAGUUGGUUUCCACCGCUGUUCAAGUGGGUAAAAAUGGUACUCAAAACUACUUUUUAUUAUGUACAUUUCACAUGGGAAUGUAGAGUAGAAGAAAGGAUAUUGCUGUAAUGGAAAAAACAUCCAUCUGAACUGUGAUAUAUUUCAGCAUUGUCUUUAUUUAAUCCUAGCCAUACUUAUGAAAUC